AUGACGUCCAAAGUGCCCCAGGGCCUGAAGGCCGCCGACAUCACCCGCUUCGCCCAGCGCGCCGUCCAGCUCGAGAAGUUCAAGCCCGUCAUCUCCUACUGGUGCGAAUACUUCAUCGUGAACCAAAUCAUUGCCAAGGGCCUGCACACCGCCGACGAAGAAUGCAUGCAAUACACCACCACGCUGAUGGACAAGCUGGAGCAAACCAAAGCCCAGCACGCCGACAAUGACGCCAUCCUCGACGACGUUGCUGCCAAGGUCUAUGUCGAGCAAUUUGCCCUUGAAACCUUUCAGCGCGCCGACAAUGCAGUGCGUGCAAACAAGGCUUCAGCCCAGACAGCAGACACCUUCCGCGCCGCUGCCACCUUCCUCGAUCUCAUGGGCGUCUGGGGCACAUUGGAUCCUGAGCUCGCCGCCAAGUCGAAAUACGCCAAAUACCAUGCUCUGCGCAUUGCCAAAGCCCUGAAAGCUGGCGAGGACCCCAACCUGUCCAAUCCCGUGCAAGAGGCCGAGCCCACCAGCGAAGAGUCGGCCCCGGCCCUCGAUCCCAACGAUCCAGAAGUUCAGCGUAUAAAUGGCACUCUCUCCCUGCAACCUACGGUUGAGACGGCACCUCCUUCCUUUGCGCCCUCACCCUCACAAGAAUCCAAGACAUCCCUUCCCAUCUCGCCGGCUGGCGCUCCCUCCGCACCGCCCUUUGGCGACCCCACCCACGGCGACGUCUCCCCGCUCGAGUCUACAGAGGACCGCAAGAACUCCAUUGGCGGCGGCUAUUUCCCGGCGGUACCGACCUUCACAUCUGAAGGCCCUGCCCCUAGCCUGCCUACAGCGCCUGAGCAGCCAAUGGAUGAUGCGCCUUCCGCUCCUCCCGCACCUGAUAAUGGCCAGUAUAAUCCGAACGACUUCUAUCAGCCGCCCCCUUCGGCACCCACAGCUUCCGCACCUGUCGUUGCACCGGCCAAUUCCAUACCCUCCGUGCCCGCUGUUCCGCCGCAGGCCGUCGUACCGUUUGCGCAGACCAACCUACCCCCGCCCACUGCCCGAGGAGCGGAGAACUAUAGGACGGAUGACGACUCAGUUAUGAAUGCUCAGAAGCAUGCAAAGUGGGCAAUUUCGGCCUUGAACUUUGAGGAUGUCCCUACGGCAGUUAAAGAGUUGAGGAUCGCUCUCGAAGCACUCGGUGCGCGGUGA